UUGUAGCAAAAUGGCGACUGUCAUUCACAACCCCCUGAAAGCGCUGGGGGACCAGUUCUACAAGGAAGCCAUUGAGCAUUGCCGAAGCUACAACUCACGGCUAUGCGCCGAGCGCAGCGUGCGCCUCCCCUUCCUGGACUCGCAGACCGGAGUGGCCCAGAACAACUGCUACAUCUGGAUGGAGAAGAGGCAUCGGGGCCCAGGCCUUGCCCCGGGCCAGCUGUACACCUACCCUGCUCGCUGCUGGAGGAAGAAGAGACGAUUGCACCCACCUGAGGACACAAAGCUUCGGCUGCUGGAAAUAAAACCUGAGGUGGAACUGCCCCUGAAGAAGGACGGCCUCACCUCAGAAAGCACCACCCUGGAGGCGCUGCUCCGUGGGGAGGCUGUAGAGAAGAAGGUGGAUACCAGGGAGGAGGAGAGCAUCCAGGAGAUCCAGAGGGUUUUAGAAAAUGAUGAAAAUGUUGAAGAAGGAAAUGAAGAAGAGGACUUAGAAGAAGAUAUUCCUAAGAGAAAGAAUAGGACCAGAGGACGGGCCCGUGGCUCUGCAGGUGGCAGGCGGAGACAUGAUGCUGCUUCUCAAGAAGACCAUGACAAACCGUACGUCUGUGACAUCUGUGGCAAGCGCUACAAGAACCGGCCCGGACUCAGCUAUCACUACGCUCAUACUCACUUGGCCAGUGAAGAGGGGGAUGAAGCCCAAGACCAAGAGACCCGGUCCCCACCCAACCACAGAAAUGAGAACCACAGACCCCAGAAAGGACCGGAUGGGACAGUCAUUCCCAAUAACUACUGUGACUUCUGCUUGGGGGGCUCUAAUAUGAACAAGAAGAGUGGGCGGCCUGAAGAGUUGGUAUCCUGUGCAGACUGUGGACGCUCUGGUCACCCGACCUGCCUGCAGUUUACUCUGAACAUGACUGAAGCUGUCAAGACCUACAAGUGGCAGUGCAUAGAGUGCAAAUCCUGCAUCCUCUGUGGGACCUCAGAGAAUGAUGACCAACUACUCUUCUGUGAUGACUGUGACCGUGGCUACCAUAUGUACUGUUUAAACCCUCCAGUGGCUGAGCCCCCCGAAGGAAGCUGGAGCUGCCACUUAUGCUGGGAACUGCUCAAAGAGAAAGCCUCAGCCUUUGGCUGCCAAGCCUAGGGCUCCAGAACAUGGAAUGUGACUUCUAGUUGGAGAGGCUAUACCAGAGCCCAAUUCAAAUCCAAUUGAGCCCCAUCUCCUAUAGAUCCAGAUAGACCAACUAUAAGGAAUCCCAGUAAUCACAGAGGGCGUGGACAAGUGCAAUCAAGGGGAAGAGGUGUCUACUUACCAGUUCCACACAGGUUUCAGCACUUCCACCAGCCCCCUCAUGUUUCUACCAGAAGGAUCUUGCACUUUUGAAGAACAACCUAGACCCCAGCCCUGUAGAACCCCCUUUCACGUUUACCCAGUGCCGUGGCCCUCUCCCUGGUUUCCAUUUUUAGGGAAGCCAUUUUGAGAUCACUGAGUCAUUUGUGUGUAGUUUGGUGUUUUCUAUUGAUUGUGUUCCAAGAAAUCUCCCCCUCAGUCUCCCCACCCCAGUGUAGGAACUGAAUCCUGAACUUGAUAGAGGAACAAAGGGCUGUGGAAAAGUUAUUUAUUACCUAUGUCCCUGGAAACUUCUAGACUAGGAAACUGAAGGUCAUCUUGGCCACACCUCUCUGUUUUUCGGUCUCUAUGAAGAGAAAGAAUGACUUUCUGAUACCCCCACGGAUAUGCGAAAGGGUCUCCCCAGGGGUCUAAAGAGAGAAAUAGAGGUACAGAAUGGUGGUAGGAAGCACUGAGAAGACAAUUCUGAGGCCCACCAUCCCAGUCAGUAUUUACCAAAAGUGAUUUUGCAAGAGGUCAGGAUUGGGAUAUCCCAACCCUGUUACUCUGGACUUCCUCCCCUCCCCCCCCAAGGGUCUCAAGAACCCAGAAGAUGAGUGGCAGCUGCCUGGUCACAACUAUGGAUUUUUCAUAUCAUGGAAAAAGCAGCUUUGAAAACUUGUACAGUAUUGACAAAUGCUAAGAAUUCCUUUCCCCGUGUAA